GUCCUGAAGGCACUAUCCUGUUCAACAAAGUCCACGACAUAUGUGUCCCAUCAUGUGAUUGCACAGGACCAGAUGGAAAACCCAAACUGCCUGGAGAGAAAUGGACAGUUGGCUGUAAAGAGUGUGUCUGUGACAUCACCAAUGGCGUCCAGUGUCAGCCAAUACCAUGCCCGACCCCGCAGAUCCCCAACUGCAGUGAGCCCGGCCAGAAGCAAGUCAAUGAGAGCGAUGGCUGCUGCUCAACACUGAAAUGUGAAUGCGAUGUUUCCUUGUGUGACCCUCCAAUGACCUGCCCGCUGGGUUUUGAACUGCACCACGUUAAUGGCAUCUGCUGCAAGACUUACGUGUGUGCGCCUAAAGGUGUGUGUGUCUUCAUGGGCACUGAGUACAUGCCUGGUGAAAAAAUACCAACACCAGAUUCUCCAUCACCACCAACAACAACAACCGGACACCCAACAGGACCAACAAGUGGAGCACCUGGUCAAUCAAGAGGAACACCUGGAACACCUGGCCAAUCAGCAGGAACACCUGGUCAAUCAGCAGGAACACCUGGAACACCUGGUCAAUCAGCAGGAACACCUGGAACACCUGGCCAAUCAGCAGGAACACCUGGAACACCUGGCCAAUCAGCAGGUACAACUAGGGCACCUGGUCAAUCAGCAGGAACACCUGGAACACCUGGUCAAUCAGAACACCUGGAACACCUGGUCAAUCAGCAGGAACAACUAGAGCACCUGGUCAAUCAGCAGGAACACCUGGUCAAUCAGGAGGAACACCUGGAAUACCUGGUCAAUCCGCAGGAACACCUGGAACACCUGGUCAAUCAGGAGGACCACCUGGAACACCUGGUCAAUCAGCAGGAACAACUAGAGCACCUGGUCAAUCAGGAGGAACCCCUGGAACACCUGGUCAAUCAGGAGGAACACCUGGAAUACCUGGCCAAUCAGCAGGAACACCUGGAACACCUGGUCAAUCAGCAGGAACAACUAAGGCACCUGGUCAAUCAGGAGGAACACCUGGAAUACCUGGCCAAUCAGCAGGAACACCUGGAACACCUGGCCAAUCAGCAGGAACAACUAAGGCACCUGGUCCAUCAGGAGGACCACCUGGAACACCUGGUCAAUCAGCAGGAACAACUAAGGCGCCUGGUCCAUCAGGAGGACCACCUGGAACACCUGGCCAAUCAGGUGGAACACCUGGAACACCUGGUCAAUCAGCAGGAACACCUGGAGCUCCUGGUCAAUCAGGAGGAACACCUGGUCCAUCAGGCCAACAACUGCAGGCAUGGGCCAGCCAUCGGGAUCAACAACAGCAGGAAUGGGCCAGCCAUCGGGACCAACAACAACAAGAAUGGGCCAGCCAUCAGGACCAACAACUGCAGGAAUGGGCCAGCCAUCAGGACCAACAACAGCAGGCAUGGGCCAGCCAUCGGGACCAACAACUGCAGGAAUGGGUCAGCCAUCGGGACCAACAACAGCAGGAAUGGGUCAGCCAUCGGGACCAACAACUGCAGGAAUGGGCCAGCCAUCAGGACCAACAACAGCAGGCAUGGGCCAGCCAUCGGGACCAACAACUGCAGGAAUGGGUCAGCCAUCGGGACCAACAACAGCAGGAAUGGGUCAGCCAUCGGGACCAACAACUACAGGAAUGGGUCAGCCAUCGGGACCAACAACAGCAGGAAUGGGUCAUCCAUCGGGACCAACAACUGCAGGAAUGGGUCAGCCAUCGGGACCAACAACAGCAGGAAUGGGUCAGCCAUCGGGACCAACAACUGCAGGAAUGGGUCAGCCAUCGGGACCAACAACAGCAGGAAUGGGUCAGCCAUCGGGACCAACAACUGCAGGAAUGGGCCAGCCAUCGGGACCAACAACAGCAGGAAUGGGUCAGCCAUCGGGACCAACAACAGCAGGAAUGGGCCAGCCAUCGGGACCAACAACAGCAGGAAUGGGUCAGCCAUCGGGACCAACAACUGCAGGAAUGGGUCAGCCAUCGGGACCAACAACUGCAGGAAUGGGUCAGCCAUCGGGACCAACAACAGCAGGCAUGGGCCAGCCAUCGGGACCAACAACUGCAGGAAUGGGUCAGCCAUCGGGACCAACAACAGCAGGAAUGGGUCAGCCAUCGGGACCAACAACAGCAGGAAUGGGCCAGCCAUCGGGACCAACAACAGCAGGAAUGGGCCAGCCAUCGGGACCAACAACUGCAGGAAUGGGUCAGCCAUCGGGACCAACAACUGCAGGAAUGGGCCAGCCAUCGGGACCAACAACAGCAGGCAUGGGCCAGCCAUCGGGACCAACAACUGCAGGAAUGGGUCAGCCAUCGGGACCAACAACAGCAGGAAUGGGUCAGCCAUCGGGACCAACAACUGCAGGAAUGGGUCAGCCAUCGGGACCAACAACUGCAGGAAUGGGUCAGCCAUCGGGACCAACAACUGCAGGAAUGGGUCAGCCAUCGGGACCAACAACUGCAGGAAUGGGUCAGCCAUCGGGACCAACAACAGCAGGAAUGGGUCAGCCAUCGGGACCAACAACUGCAGGAAUGGGUCAGCCAUCGGGACCAACAACUGCAGGAAUGGGUCAGCCAUCGGGACCAACAACUGCAGGAAUGGGUCAGCCAUCGGGACCAACAACAGCAGGAAUGGGUCAGCCAUCGGGACCAACAACUGCAGGAAUGGGUCAGCCAUCGGGACCAACAACAGCAGGAAUGGGUCAGUCAUCAGGACCAACAACCACAGGAAUGGGUCAGCCAUCAGGACCAACAACUGCAGGAAUGGGUCAGUCAUCAGGACCAACAACUGCAGGAAUGGGUCAGUCAUCAGGACCAACAACCACAGGAACAGGCAUGACUUAUGCCCCAGGACCCUGCAUGGAAUGUGUGUGCGGCCCAUAUAUGGAUCCAGUCACCCAGGUUAACAUCAUAAAUUGCAAACCCAUUGUUUGCAACACCACCUGCCCAGAAGGUUUUGAAUAUGAGGAACUACCAAACAAGUGUUGUGGGAAGUGUUUCCAGAAGAGAUGUGUCGUCAUCACACCUAACAACAUCAAGAU